CGCCCUAGAGACGAAUUAGAAGUAUUCUUCCGACACCAAGUAAUGGUCCCCAUCCAGUCAUGAGGACUAAGUACUACAAUAAGUUCUCUCCCGUAUCAGCGACUGAAACGGACAGACAUAAUUCCAAACACAACUGGCUUCCACCGGGAUGUUCAGGAAUCAGACUAGGUAAUCGCUUAGAUGUCUGUGGAUUCGGCCACUAAUGUGAACUUGGAUUCGCGUGCAACCAUGUGCCGGAACGUCCCCAAACCUCCAAAACUUGUUGGUCUCCUGAGGGGGCCGAUCUUUUUGCUUAGGACGACAUCAUCCUCGAAAAGAAAAGGACGUACCAUCAACAAUCCAGCUGGGUUCUUCAACAUCCCUCUAUCAACCGGGGACGAAAGGCACAUACGGCAUGGGUCGUUAAGCGAUCUCACCACCGAUGCUUUGAUCGAUGCCCAAUUACGUGGUAUAAAUUGGACACGAAAGCCCCAUCACCCCCUUUUUCUGGGGUGCUUAUUGCCAAAUGCUGUCCAGGCACCAACCUAUCAAUCGCUUUCUUCCUCCGACUGGGAUCACACCAUAUACUCAUCAGCAGGAACAAAAGCCAUCUGUACUCUCGAACAAAUGACCCUAUCAGACUCCAACUUCCCACGAGUAUUUUAUGACCUGUGGGCUAAAAGGGCGCUCGUGGCUCUGGUGGAGCCAAUUACCCAUUACCCCUUUUCAGACUUAAUUCCAUACAGGGCUAUGGGGAGGGGGAUUACGGUUCUUAUACCCGGUGGAACGUAACCACCAUGAUUUUGUAUGGGGGCUAGUUUUGGUUCUGCAAUCCUCUCCGAUAUGCAAACUGCAGCUGUCUGUCACCUUGAGAUGGACGUGAAGGCUUCGCAUUGGUUGAGGCCUUAACAUCCAUGUCUAUCGUACAUGUAUGGGUGGCGUCUAGUAAUCGUUCCUGCAGAUAGUCUGGUCGCUGCUGUCCAACUGCCAGUUCACGCCAAGUUUACUGUGCUUUUAGACUUACAUGCAUUGAUUAUUCUUGAAAUUUUCUUGAUUUGAUCUUCUGGAUGGGCCAGGCUUAGCUGU